UAAACGUCUCGGUGAAACUUUGGAGUAGUCGGUGAAAUUCCCAGUCCGCGAAAACUCUUCCUCAUGUCUUGAGUUAUUUUUCCUUUCUGGGCUGGACAUGGUGAACAUUUCUUGAUCACAGUAUGGGCAAAUUCCAGUCCAAACACGCUUCGAAGCCCAGGCAGAGUCCAGAAGGACGGAGUUUGGCUUCCAGUGUGCUGAGAGAGUCGCAGAGUAGCCACAUAUGCAGAAGAAAGCUGACAGAGAACUUGUAUGUGGAAUUGAGGAAAAGCACUUCUGAUCACAACUGCGACAUGAAGGUGGUUCUGCCACCAGAAGAAGAGAAGACGCCUGAUAAAGGGACCAAUUUUCACUUCGAGUGCAAGAAGGAAACAAAGAGGAGGAGCAGCCGUGCUACUGUGAGUGAGGGCACGGAGGGUAACGUGCUGCCUGGAGACGACUCUCAGCAGGAGUGGACCUUCACACUGUACAAUUUUGACAACACAGACGAGGUCACGAAAGAGGACAUGUCCAGCUUGAUGCACUCCGUGUUUGAGGUUUUAGAAACAUCGGUGAAGCAGCCUUGCAGUGGCACAAGGCCCCUCAGGAUCAAGCUAGCUGUAACUUCUUCAAAUCAUCCAAGCAAGAGCUCAAACACAGAUGCAGAGCAGGAGCAGAGUGGAUCGCAGGAGGCCGGACAUCCAAUGAGAAGGCUCUUCUGUGUCGAUGAAAACAAAGAGCGCAGAAAGCACUACCAGGAUCUAGCUGGCAUUGAAAACUAUGCCUCCAAGUUUGACAAUCCAGACUCACCUCCUCUUCAGCACCAUCUAGUGGUGCACUGUGAGAACUCUGUGCAUUCUAAGUCACCUCAAGGCCUCCCUGUUGUUCACUCCAUAAGAAGCAGAUCCAUGUGUGAUAGGACCAGAGCUGAGAGAAAGUCCUGCAGGUUGCAUGGCCGGCACCCUGCUUCGUGGUGCCACCCUACCCAGACUCUCUUUCCAGCCUCCCAGAGCCUCCCGCAUCGCUCCCACAGCAGGAAGCUUCACUCCAGGGUACAAUAUUCUGCCUCGCCCCGUACACACGCUGGCUUCCAGGCACAGCCAGGACAAGACAGGGAGACGCUUUACAGCCUUCAGCCUUCCUGUGGUGUCCCGCUGGCCCAGAGACAUGAGCACCAUCACUUCCAUGAGCAUCAUCACCAUCAUCACCACUACCACCCAUCAUAACCUCAUGUGAUACACAUAUAAGACAGAGCAAAACACCCAGAGAGACAGCAACAGAAGAUACCAACGGAGCAGCAGCUACAAAAGAGACGAGACGCUGAAUCAAAUACGCACCAACACACACAAAAAAAACAGGGAUCAAAUAACUAAAGACAUGAAGUCC